AUGGAAGAUAACAAAGCUCACAAGAAGACUCAUGAAAAAUCAAGCCACGUCAAGUUUACUCCCGAAGAAGAUAAAAAGCUUAAAGAGAUCGUGGAUCAAGUUGGAACAAGCUCAUGGCCCAAUGUUGCAAAAUAUUUGAAAGGACGAUCAUCUCGACAAUGUAGAGAUCGUUGGAAUCAUUACCUUUCUCCAACAGCUAAUCUUGCUGAGUGGACUCCACAAGAUGAAGAACUUUUGCUUACAUUGUACAGACAAUAUGGCACCAAAUGGGCUUUUAUCUCAACACAUUUUCCAGGCAGAACAGCAGCAUGCGUCAGAACUCACUGUUGUCGCCUGCAAAGAAUGAUUGAGAGAACAGCUUCAAGACCUCAACAUCAUACCCAGCAGGUUCAACAAAGUCCUAUUACCAUGGUAAAUAUUGUACCUGAUUAUGGGCAAGUUGUUCCCCAAACAUACAUUCCACAACAAGUACCACAGCUUAUACCACAGAGAAAUUCAUACUCUGCAACUCCUCUCCCUUCAAUAUAUCAAUUAAUAUUAUAUAUUGCGGUAGUUUAUUAUUUAAGAUCAAUAAGAAUAACUACAUGCCUUUGA